CUCCUCCCCGCGCUCCUCUGGCGGCCUCUCCCGCUCCAGCUGCGGCGCCGCGGCCACAUCUGGGGCGCCCAUGUGCGCUCGGGGGCUCGGCUGCACCCGCCCCGCCGCCGACCCCGCAGCCCCCUGCCAGCAGGGUGGCCUCCGGCCCGGUCCGGGUCCCAGACAGCCCCGGGACUCAGUUUUUGCCGCCGCCGCCGCCAGGCAGCGCCGGGGCUUGCUCCGCAGCCGGCUUGGACAACCCCGGCCUCGCGGUGGCUCCGCCGUGGUGCGGCGGCGGCGGCGGCGGAGGCUCCUGCUCCCCCGGCCCCGCACGCCCCGCCGCGCCCUGCGCCAGCCCCGCAGGCCCGGGAAGCGGAGUCCUGGCGGGAGCCGAGGCGGGAGCCGUGCUGCCGGGCUCCCGGGCUCCUACUCCUCCUCCCCCGGCGCCGCCGCCGGCCGCCGCGCCGGGUCCUAAAGCCGCGCGUCUCAAGAGGAUGGUGCGCCUGGCGGCCGAGCUGCUGCUGCUGCUGGGGCUGCUGCUGCUCACGCUGCACAUCACCGUGCUGCGCGGCUCUGGAGCCGCCGACGGGCCCGACGCGGCCGCGGGCAACGCCAGCCGAGCCCAACUGCAGAAUAACCUCAACAUGGGAAGUGAGUCCACAUCAGAAACCAGCUUUUCUCUCUCCAAAGAAGAACCAGGGGAGCGUCUGGACCACCAGGCUGCGCACCAACCCUUCCCCAGACAGCGAUUCCGACAAGAGACGGGGCACCCUUCAUUGCAAAGAGAUGGCCCCAGAUCCUUUCUCCUUGAUCUACCAAACUUUCCAGAUCUUUCCAAAGCUGAUAUCAAUGGGCAGAAUCCAAAUAUCCAGGUCACCAUAGAGGUGGUCGACGGUCCUGACUCUGAAGCAGAUAAAGAUCAGCAUCCGGAGAAUAAGCCCAGCUGGUCAGUCCCAUCCCCCGACUGGCGGGCCUGGUGGCAGAGGUCCCUGUCCUUGGCCAGGGCAAACAGCGGGGACCAGGACUACAAGUACGACAGUACCUCAGACGACAGCAACUUCCUCAACCCCCCCAGGGGGUGGGACCAUACAGCCCCAGGCCACCGGACUUUUGAAACCAAAGAGCAGCCAGAAUAUGAUUCCACAGAUGGUGAGGGUGACUGGAGUCUCUGGUCUGUCUGUAGUGUCACCUGUGGGAACGGCAACCAGAAACGGACCCGGUCUUGUGGCUACGCAUGCACUGCAACGGAAUCGAGGACCUGUGACCAUCCAAACUGUCCAGGAAUUGAAGACACUUUUAGGACAGCUGCCACCGAAGUAAGUCUGCUUGCGGGAAGCGAGGAGUUUAAUGCCACCAAACUGUUUGAAGUUGACACAGACAGCUGUGAGCGCUGGAUGAGCUGCAAAAGCGAGUUCUUAAAGAAGUACAUGCACAAGGUGAUGAAUGACCUGCCCAGCUGCCCCUGCUCCUACCCCACUGAGGUAGCCUACAGCACGGCUGACAUCUUCGACCGCAUCAAGCGCAAGGACUUCCGCUGGAAGGACGCCAGUGGGCCCAAGGAGAAGCUGGAGAUCUACAAGCCCACGGCCCGGUACUGCAUCCGCUCCAUGCUGUCCCUGGAGAGCACCACGCUGGCGGCGCAGCACUGCUGCUACGGUGACAACAUGCAGCUCAUCACCAGGGGCAAGGGGGCGGGCACGCCCAACCUCAUCAGCACCGAGUUCUCCGCGGAGCUCCACUACAAGGUGGACGUCCUGCCCUGGAUUAUCUGCAAGGGUGACUGGAGCAGGUAUAACGAGGCUCGGCCUCCCAACAACGGACAGAAGUGCACAGAGAGCCCCUCGGAUGAGGACUACAUGAAGCAGUUCCAAGAGGCCAGGGAGUAUUAAAGAGACUGGGACGAGGUGGAGGACGCCACCUCUGGUUCUGCAGCGCACACGCGCCGCACUCACCUUGCUGACUGGCGUCGAGACCUUCUUAGCCGCGGUCGUGUAUAUUUGUUUAUACCACAUGAGUAUUUCUCAUACAUUACGCUAGGGGCGUGCGCCACGCCCGGGGACUGCCUUGUGAAGCCGCCCUCGCCAUCUGCAGAGUUCCUUGAAAGUACCCCUGGGGAGCGAUGUGGGCAGAAGAAUGGGGACCACUUGGAAGCCAGAAGAAGAACCUGGAAGCCACAGUGGGUGCGACUCAAUUCACACCCUGAUCCAGAGUUUCCAAGAGAGGCUAAGGGGGAAAGAGACUGAGGUUGUAAACAUUAUAAGGAGUUUUUAUAUAUAACUUAUUUAAUACAAAUGUGAUUUAAGCGUAACCUUUUCUCUGGAGUUGUGGUGAAACUAAUCUCUUCUGUGAGAGAUCAGAAAGAAAGAGACUUAGGGAAGUGGAAGAGAAAGGGAAUUUUGGAAUUUAUUUCUUUAAAAAUAAUGCAAUAGAAAUAUAUCAAAACAUGUAAACGCCCACCUUAAACCAAAUGUUAUUUAGUCAUGAGGCACCUUGCUGGAGUCUCAGAUUCCAAAAGUCUCUUCUUCGGACUGGGUAGGGAAUAUGGUAUUUUAGGGACAAAGCUGAGGCUGAGGACUGAUUUUAAAUAGGCUUUAAAAUAAAAGGGCAGUAUUAUCAUAAUGCUAUUAUUCUGCUAAAUGGCCCAAAACAGUAGAAUUUCUGCUCAUGUCUUAGGUUCAGAAGACUGCAGCCAAGUUCAGACGUGAAAACAGGAAGUAGCACUUUUCCAAAGGAAAACAACAAAACAAAUGGGAAAAAGAUAAUGGACCUCAUUUCACCUAUUUUAAUACUAUUUUAACAAUUUUUUUCCUCCACCAAUAUAUUCCCAAUAAAUAAAUAUAAAAGAGGGGGAGGGUCAAUCUGGGGAAUCUUAAUUUUUAUGUUUUAAGAAAAGAAAAAAAAACUGCAUUAUUUUUGUAAAGUAUUUAUUGAGUCAUGGAUUAUUAUGCGUCAAGCAAUUGUUAAUAUGACCUGGUCCUAUAGAGUGGAACUUAGGAAAAAUGAAGUUGGUUCUUAUUCAAUAUUUUACUUUGCAAAAUUCUAGUCAAAGAGAGUAUAUAAUAAAAUCAUAAUAAAAUGUG